CGUCGUAAACAUGGGGGCUCUUUGACAAGGAGGAGAUUUGGAUUUUGAUGAAAAAGAGUGUCUAUUUGCUCAGAUAAGUUAUCUAACACUUAAUGAAGAUGAAUCUUGCUGACAUGGUAGAUUCACAGGCCGAUAACGGUGACAAUAAUGGAAUGGCAGAGCCUGUGGCAUGUGUGGUGGCUGAGGAAGAUCUCAUAUUUAGAGAUGGUCAGCUAACAUGUAUAGGGAAGGAUUUGACCAGAAUUCCUGAUGAGCUAUCAUGUUAUUCCCAGGCAACAACAAGAUUGGACCUAAGUUUUAACACUUUAAGGAGUCUUGAGGGAUUGGAAGCAUUUACCAAGUUGGAGGAACUUAUCUUGGAUAACAAUGACCUUGGUGACUCUGUCAUCUUUCCAGUCAUGAAGAACCUCCACACAUUGAUGUUGAAUAAAAAUAGGAUAGUCAGCUUGGAUAACCUCGUCGAUAAAAUACAGGCAAGCUUACCGUCAUUGACAUACCUGAGUCUCCUGGGAAAUAUCGCCUGUCCAAAUCAGCUGUCCAGUUUUGAUAAAGAUGAGGAGGAUUAUCAAAGAUACAGAGUUUACUUAUUACAUCGACUUCCAAAACUUAAGUUCAUCGACUCGACUCCUGUGAAGAAUGAUGAGAGAAAAGAAGCCAUACAGAAGGGACAUUUUAUGAAGGUUGUACGACCAGCUGAUGAUAUGGUAGAAGAAGAUCGCAGUCUCCCCCAUCAGUCUUCCUCACCAUACACUCCAUUGCCUAAUUCAGACGCGAAGAAUCCUCGGCAGCCUGUCGGCACUUUUGGUACAUGCAAGUAUGUCUACUACGGUAAACAUUCCGAAGGAAACCGAUUCAUACGGAACAAUGAUUUAUAAUCAUCAGUAUGCCACUUCAUGGAAGCUGACUGAACAUUGCAGUGGAACAAAAAGGAUUCAACAAACAAGUGAUGUUUUGGCCUUGAUCAAAAGUGUCCCACAUAAAGUCCAUCUGUGACUUUCUGGUAUAAUAUGAUGACCCUCUCUGAAUCAUUGUUAGCAAUAAUGUUGUUGUUAGAGUCCUAAUACUACUAUUGUAAAUGAAAUUUACUGAAGGAGAUAACAUUUAGUUGAGCUUACAAAUAUUUAGUUAAGCUCACGCUGGCGUUGGUCUCUAACAUUGAUUGAGCAAUCGGGUCACACCACUUCAUCAGGGAGAAGGACGUUACUUUUUACCUGUGUAUAAAACAUAAUAGCUGCAGUUUAUUGAUUAAUGAUGCUUGCCAUAAACUAUUCUUGUUUGUUGAAUCUGUUGUUGAUAUUUUUCCAAAUUUGUGAUUCAGAACUUAAACUACCUGUUUUCACUCAAGAGUGAAUGUCUAGCUUAUGAAACGGCACAUGUAAAUUAUGCUUGUAUGUAUAUUGCUGUUAUGAAACAAGGUCACCAUUCCUGAUAGUUUUGUUUUUUGAUAUUGGGGAGGGGGGGGGGGGGGCAAAGGGAAUCCACAACAUUGAUUCACCUAAUGUGCUCUAGUUAAUCCGCAGCAAAUCAUGUAAAAGCCAUUAUGACAACCAAAGUAUAGUGUAUUCACAUAUUAAAAUAAAUUCUAAUAUAAUGCAUUA